AUGUACGUCAGACGCGGGCAGUCCCUCAUAAGGGUGGCCUCGGGCGCCCUCCCCAGGCAUUCAGCCCGAAAUCUGGGCCAUGGCAGGAGGGCACGGUCGGAGGCGGGGGCCUUGAAGGCGAGAGGGAAAGGAGGCCUGAAGCACGGCCGCGGGGUGCUUAGGAGGAUCGCGGCGCAGCGGGAAAGGAGGAAGGGCCCUGCUCCAGGGAAAGCUCUACUCAGGAAAGGCAAACAGGGAAAAACACACAGGGAUGGUGGUGAGCAAGCGGCUGCCGAUUUCAAGGCGUCAUUGAAGGAGAUGGACGAGGCGGCGAUGCGGGUGGUGGCGGCGCAGACCACGCUGCGUGAGGGGGGGAAGCCUGCCUUGAGGUUCCUUGACGAGGACCCGCCUCCCUUGAGCUGCCUUACCGGAAUGGGGCCUGCUUCGGGGUCAUGCUUGGCGGGCAGUUGCGUGGAGCCGGAUGAGGACGAGGUGUUGAGCCCCAGAGUGGCGGCCGGCGACCCUCCGCCACCUUUGCCCAGACCGCCAGGGCAUGGUACAGAGCCUGGCAGAUUGAAGGAGGAGGGUGUGGAGGGAUCCGAUCAGCAUCCAAGCGACUGUUCAUCUGGCGGCUUGCCUGAGGCAUCCUCUGAUGGGGACAGUGCCUGCGCCAGCAGCAGGGGGCAGUUGGGGCUGCGAGGCUCUGAGUGCUGUCCUAAUGGCAGCAUGGCAGGGAACACAUCCCACAGCUCUGGCGAAUUGGAUGAGGUGGCAUUCCCAGGAUCUAAGCACUCGCGGGCGGCGCCGAGCACAAGCACCAGGCCCCAUGUGCAUCCACUGAUGGCAUGUAGCCCUGUGGUGGUUGUUGGGCCCUCCACUCCUGCAGCGACCAUAGGAGGUUGGAAGUCAGUGAGGGCACUGGAGGCAGUCAAUGGAACACAACCUGCUGGAUGGACCGGCUUGACCUUUUGGAGUCCAGCGGCGCUCCAGCAAGGGGGCUUUGUGUGCCCUGUUGGCUUGAUGCCACCCGCUGCAGUGUCCACUACGAAAUCGAACAACAAGGAAGGAGGAAAUUCACCAAGAAGAACUGAGAACAGUGAGGGCGCAGCUGCCACUGUUUCCAAGACAUCUGCAGGGACUGCAAAAAUUGAAGGUGGAAUGGUGGAAGGGAGGGACUCUGGGGAUCGUCAGAGCCAGGACAUAAUUUCAGGUCCCGUCGAUGGCCCGGAAUCAGAAGCGGACUCAAUCAGUGGGAGCACCCAGAAUGCUGUGCCCAGCACAUCGCACGACUGCAACUCCAACUCCACAUAUGGUUACAAGCGUGUGGGCGACAACAUGCUGGUGCGGUGCACAGAUGGCGGUGGUGAAUCGGUGACUGCUGGCAGGGGAGCUGGGGAGCGGUCAGAGAGGACUUGCAGGACGCCGUGCUCUAGCAGCGAUUACGGCACACCCCAAAAAAUGACGAAGAAGAGGAGCAGGACAAGCACUCCAGGUGUGGAGGCUUCAGUGUCUUACAAGCGGGUGGGCAACAACACGCUCGUCCGAUACGCAGAAUUUACAGGCAGUCUGCUGGGCAAGGCUGAGACAAAGGUGCUGGAGGGCAGGAAGUGCGUGGGAGAGGCAGACGAUGUAGCUGUUGCUGGUAGCAAGCCAGGGGCGGGGGUAUCAAAACAACAGGCAUUCAACUGCUCUGCAAAGGAGGUCAUAGCAAGCGAUUCAGCACAGCAUAGUGCGAAUCGGCAGAAGGGAUUGAGCGCACCCCGGGGACGCCAGGAGCUUUGCAGGCAGUUCAUGCGGUUCGGGUCAUGUGCCCUUGCACAGUCGGGACGAUGCAGGCUGGUGCACGAUCCAGACAAGGUCGCAGUGUGUGUGGCCUGGCUCCGGGGACAGCGAGGCCUCCCAGGCUGCGACAAGGCCAAGUGCCCACUGCAGCACAAGUACAGGCCCGAGCUGAUGCCCGUCUGCAUGCAUUUCUGGAAGGGCGUGUGCUACCACGACCCCUGCCCCUACCUGCACUCACGAGUGGACCCCAAGGCCCCCGUGUGUCCCGACUUUGUGAGGGGUUACUGCCCGCUGGGGGCCUCAUGCACGAAGAAGCACUUCACGCCGCGCAUGGUGGAGCAGUUUGAAAAGGACCAGCAGAACGCACAGGGAGGCGCGGACAUCUGGGGCAGCUUUCUGGAAUGGGCGCAGCAGGGCUUAGGAUCGGAGCUCGCAGGAGAUCAAGGGGAGUUCCUGCAGCUGGACGGCCAGCAGGGAGCCAAGACGGUCACCGCUGGCACCCCGACAUAG